AUGGAGGUGGAGACCUUAUCUGCCCUACUGAGCGGGACCGGCCCACGAGCGCCACGUCUGUGCCGGGCAGGCCUCUCCCUGUUGACGGCGGCCCGCCUGGUGUGGCUGGCGUUGGGGGCCCAGACCCUUUGGCGGGACGAGACCUCGUCUUCCGUCCUGCAAUGCAACGGGACCACCGCGAGCUGCUCCUUGGCUUGUUUCGACGACGCCUUCCCCGUCUCGCCCUUCGAUCUCUUCCUCUUGCAGAUGGCGAGCGUGGCUUGCCAUGGCGUGGCUUGCGCCGUCCUCUUCCGGCCCCCCGAUUGUCAAGCCAAGGGGCCACGUUGGUGGCACCGAGAGCUUCACAGCCACGUCCGGCUUCAUACCAUCAGUCUCCUGGCCAAGGUGUUUGUGGAAACCCUUCCUCUGAUGCUCCUCCAUGGACUCCACAGUCCGUAUCCGUCUCGGCUCUGGUGUCCUCCGUCGCCUCCGUCUUGUCCCCAGAUCGUAUUCUGUGACGUGCGAGACGCCGCGUGGAAAAACAUCUUUGUUGUCUCCUUCGCCGGGGCCUCGUGGCUAUCCGUGUCCCUCUGCGCCGUGGUCCUCUGGGCCGCCUCCGCAGAAAUCCUAGCCAGAGGGAGAAGCCCGGCUUUGUCGCUCCGACAGGUGUGA